AUGGCUACCGAGGACGAUAAUUUCGAUAUUGACAUCUAUGGUGAGGGCACUUACAGUGCCAAUGAGCCUGGUGCGCAGGAAGACUCGGAGCUUGUUCUAGACGCUCCUGAGAACUUGCCCGCAUCCAACAAUGCUUCGGCAAACCCCACCCCUACUCAGCAGGAAAGCGCGGCUCCCUCUCAGCCUCAGCCUGCCCAGGCCAACGCUUCCCAGCAGCAAGCUCAGUCCAAUCCUCUUCCUACCGGACCAGCCACCCAAGGCACUAAGCGCAAGGGAAUCGACGAGCAGGCCGACCCGGAUGCGACCACUGCAUUGCUAGUUUCGGAGCUUGCCUGGUGGGAAACUGAGGAUGAUAUCCGUGCAUGGACAAACCAGGCCGGAGUCGAACCGCAACUCAAGGAAGUGACCUUCAGCGAGCACAAGGUCAAUGGCAAGAGCAAAGGUCAAGCCUUCGUCGAAUUUACUACCCCUCAGGCAUCAACUGCUACCAAGAACUGCAUUGAAGCCAACAAUGUGCCCGGUCGCAAGCAUAUCGCAGUUUACACUAGCCCUCAGCCCAACCCAUUCAAGACUCUGCCAAAGGAUGCCCCAAUGCGCCGCGAUGGCGGUCGCGGCGGCCAUGGCCCCGGCGGCGGUGGUGGCGGAUAUGGCGGCGGUGGCGGCGGUGGCUACAACAUGAACAACCACGGCGGCGGUGGAUUCCGCGGUGGCCGAGGCGGCUACAACAACCGUGGCAUGGGUGGUAACAUGAACUACAACCGCGGCGGCUUUAACCAGAUGGGUGGAUUCCCGGGUGGUGGUGCCCCAAACAAUUUCCAAGGUCAAAUGGGCGGCAUGCCUAACUACGGAUUUAACAACAACCGUGGCGGAAACAUGAUGGGCGGUGGCAUGCGCGGUGCUGCUGCUAUGCGCGGUGGCCGUGGCGGAAACAUGAUGGGUAUGCCCGGUAUGAACCCUGGCAUGAACCCGAUGGGUGGAAUGAACCCGAUGGCUGCUAUGAACCCAAUGGCCGGAAUGAACCCGAUGAUGGGUGGCAUGGGAGCAAUGGGAGCAAUGGGAGCGAACAUGGGCGGAAACAUGAUGCAGGGACAACCUCCCUUCCAAGGUGGCCCAGCCCAGCCCUUCAACCCCGGCCAGAACCAGGGUCAAGGGGGUUUCCACAACCCCAAUCAGGGGGGUGGCUCCGGCUCCGGUGAGGGUUCCUGGAACCCCCAUGGAGCCAAGCGCAGUCGCCAGGACUAG